AUGCUCGAGAGAGGGCCACGCAGCUCAGCACAGCUCUCCCUCUCAUUCUAUCAUAUUCGGUCGCGCGAGAAGGUGUUGGGGUUUUUCCAGCCUCCCGACGAGAAAAUUUUCUUCGAGCGGUGGGUUCUCUCGGUUCGUCUCGUUAACCAGGAGGGUGGCGCUGUCCCUAUACAUCUGCCGCAAGCCCGAAGACUGGCGGCUAACACAGCUUCCUCACCGGCACCGUCAUUUGGCGACAGUCGGCAUUCUAUUCUCCCACCUCCGCCGGCACACGUGGAGCAAGAACCGAUUUCGACGCGCUGGCCCGCACGGCCAGCAGUAACUCGCUCUGAUGUUGUUUUUGGGGUAGACGCUCACUACGGAUUGCAGACUGGCCUCUCGACGAGAGACAGCUUGCCUGCACUUUGGGGGUCCUCUUCUGUCAACCAACAGUCGCAAGGAAACCAAGUUGUGCGGCGCCCGCCGGCGGCUCCUUCGCGUUCGACAGAGCCGCCGUCGCUACGGUCGACGCAUCCUAAAGCAGCUGCAGGUGGUUCAGGAGGAGGCAGUGCCUCUCCUUCGCCUUCGAAGUCAGACACCGCUACGCAGGGGUCAGCAUCCCCUCCGGAAGACGCCGACCAGGGGAGGCAUCGGGCUUGUGGUUCGACUGUUCGCGGGGACCGGAUGGUGGAGGAUGAAGGCGCCUCGGCAAUUGUGGCAAGGGGGGACCGCAUCCGUGAGCUGUCUCGCGUAGAAACGAAAGAAUUCGAGAGACGUAUAUCUCCGUUGUCUCUCCACUCUCUAUUUGAUAGGUUCUCUUCUGUCCAGGGCCUCGUGACUUUUGUCUCGUCCUCGAGCGGUACACUCGGAGACGUGCACUUCGGGCCGUGUCCUGCAUACGACAGAAACGCAGAGAGUGUCAGUGUGUUUUUGAGUGAAACAAGCUCGGUCAGCAACGGAUACCGGGAACGCAUGAAGGCGCAAGCGGCGCUGGGAGGAGUCGCUUCUCGCGGUUCCGACGUCUUUCCGCAGACGCAACCGCAACCCGAGCGAUUCGGUGAAAGUGACCAAGUAGCCUCACAAGAGUCCUCACAUACACAGGAGCAAGGGCGCGACGACCGUGCACACAGAGACAGUGAGCCAGAAAUUUCUGAAAUCAGGCGGAGGAACCCUGCGGGUGAAACACCUAGGUCGCAACCGAGCCUGUCUACCUUGUUUCAACGAAAAGGCGCAGAAAUCUCGAGCGGAAGAGCCAGUGAGCACGGUUUCCAUCCGUCGAGACAAGUUUACGGGACGACCUCGGAUCUCUCUGGGAUGCGCGAACGCUGCGGGGAUGCAGGUCCUAGCGAGGCCGAGCUGGGCCGUGCUGCACAGGAAAGUGACACAACAGAGGAAAAACCAGGGAAAAUUCGAGACUCGUCUUCAUCGGCCUCCUCGUGGCUGUUGCAAGAGGAGCGUGCUGCGCAACGCCGCGUUGAGAGAGCUGUGCGCGAAGCCAUGCUGAAAAUCGUUCGAGUCACCACAGAAAAGCAGUGGCAUCUCCCGCCGCCUUCACACGCAAACGACCUGAACGAAAGCCUCAUGUACAGAUUUGAGAUCAACUUUAGCGGGCCCCCGGUAGUUCCUGCGGAUCACGGAUGGAGCCUGCACUUCCCUGCGGCACUGCGAACUGCCUACAGCCGCCAUAUGCCUUACCUCACGUGA